AUGGAUAGUUUGGUAACGAUUUAUGGGUGCUUAUUUUUGGUAGGUGUAAUCGGAAACGGGACUUUGGCCGUUAAUCUCUACUGGGGGCGGGGGUCAAAAAGUCCUUUGCUUCUGGGACUUAUCAUUGCAGAUUUUAGUGUGUGUUGUCUAAGUGGUCCCAUAACUGCUGCUAUAUAUAAUCUUCCGCCAGAUUCACCGAUUUUGAUAGUUGCUGCUCAAUAUUUACAGUCUUUCCCAGUAACAGCUAGUACUCUAUCAAUGAUGGUAAUAUCAGUGGAUCGCUACUUCACCGUAAAGAACUACAGACCAAUCGGACAAGUGGCGACGAGACGUCAAGUAUUGAGCUUUACUGUAGCAGCUACCUGGCUCUCAGCUGCAAUUCUAGCAUCCUUUCAAAUAAUUUCAAGAUAUAAACAUCCAUGGAGGAAGGGACUUACGAUUAGCCGCAUUGCUAUGGUCCAUAUCAUACCAGCCUUCACUGUGAUGAUGAGUCAUUUGGGAGUUCAUGCCAAGCUCACUGCUCUAUCAUUGACUGCUAGAGCAAAACAUGGAGAGUUGCCUCUACCUAUUCCCUUAAUGAGACGGCCUACGCAUGUUAUUAUUGUAGCUGGAAUGCCUAAGGGAAGAAAACAGAUGAGUAUAUCAAGUGAUCAAGAUGAAAUCGAAGAAACUCCGCCACCUACGUCAAGUCUACGAAGCCGACGACGCUUAGCUAAUUGUCUGCUCUGCUUAUCUCUGUUUUUUAUUCUCUGUUGGUUUCCUUACGUUGUCUGCCAAUUUUGUGAAGAAUUCAUGACAGGAACUACACCUAAAUAUGUUCAACAACUAACCCUCUUUCUUGGGCACAUGCAUUCAGCAAUCGGACCUAUUCUAUACUGGAGUAUGAACCACAAAUGGCCGAAGGGUCCUUGCAGUAGAAUUCGUCAUCUUACAAUUUACAGAAGUGCUUCGUCUACCAAUGAAGCUGCUCUUGGUCCAUUUAACCCACGUUUGGUGAGACCCCCACCUUAUAGACGAAGAUCGUCUCAAUAUCUAUAUUAA